AAUAGUAAUAUUAUUGUAAACCCCUUACACCAUACCGGUUGGACUAUAUUUGUCAUAAACACAAAAUGUCCGAUCAAAAUAACAAGAUGCUGAAUUAUGUCCAUCAAGCUAUAAUUAUGAGUGAAACAAUCAAAAAGGAGCUCAAGCAUCAGAAGUUAUUUACUGAAUAUAGCAUCAAUCCUUUCAAGAAAAUGUGUCCUCUGGCUGAUAGACCAAACAGAAUACAAGAAAUUGACUCAGAAGACAAACAUUUUUCUGAAGUGAUUAAACGUGCUGCAUUGGAACCACCAAAGAAAUAUAUUGAGCCUCAAACGGAGAACCAAGAAUAUGGGUGGAUAAGUCAGCCAUUAAUGGUUAUGGAUAGAUCCGAUUCAAGAUUCUAUCAUCCGAAGGUUUCCUGUGAAAUGACUAAAUUCAUGAGUGCCUAUUGGAAACUAAAUGAACAGCGUAAAAUGAAUUCGUAAUGUCUAGUCUUCAAAUCCACAUAUACACAUAUAAUGUGCUUGACUACAAAAUGAAUGCUUGAAAACUGGAGAUUAUUCCGUCAGAAAUCGGUUCCCUGAUACUCUCCGUACUUUUCACUUGUCGAUUUUUCCACUCUAUUCACAGCUAUAUCCUUCACUUGGACAGAAAAACUUUUUCAGUUAUUUUUGUAGAACACAAGAUAUCCUGUUGUUGCUGUAGAAUUUACAAUACAUGCAUACAUACAUACAUACAUACAUACAUACAUACAUACAUACAUACAUACAUACAUGCAUACAUACAUACAUACAUACAUACAUACAUACAUACAUGCAUACAUACAUGCAUGCAUACAUACAUACAUACAUACAUACAUGCAUACAU